AUAAUAAUAUCUUAUUUUUCGAUUUAUUUUAUUUUUCUGAUAAAUCGAAGAAGCCGAAUAGGUGCGGCUUCAAAAAGAGAGGGCCUUUGUGGGUAUGGGUCAAUAAGAAGCCCAUGGUUUGAAAAUGCUUUCUUCAAGCCUCUGCAACUCCCCUUCGCGUAUCUUAUUUAUUUCUCUAUGUAUUCUCUAUCUAUUUUUGCGCCUUUAACGGAGUUUUAAUCCGUAUCUCUGCCCUAGAUUUCUCAUUUUUUUCUCAGAAGGUGCGGCUUCUCUGGUUCUUGAGAAUCUUAAGGAUUGUUUCGAAUUUUUCCAUUCUUGUGUUGUUAUUAGAGCAGAUUAGUUGAGAAUAAUAUUGGAGUUGUCUUGUUAAUGGACACAGAUCGCAUCUAGGGUUUUGGCCUCGGCCUCUGGUUAUAUAUUGUGGUUUUUGGAGGUGAGUGGAGAAGGAUUUUUGUUAUUAUUGGUUGGUUGAGGCGUUAAUGGAUGCAUGCAUAACAGGGUUUUGGUGGCGAAGUUGCAGAGGAUUGGGGGUUUUAUGUCGAGCUUCUGAGGAAAUUGGGAUUGAAAUAUAAUGUGCUACGAAGGAUAUGGCUUGUAGGAAGUAUGACGCUUCCGCUGGUGCAGCUCCUCUAAAUUUAACUCCCUCAACAUUAGCUGGGAGAACAAAUGAGACGGGCUAUCCUAGUGAUCCACUUGCUGCUACGAGUCCUCCGAUGGAAGCUGAUGUAGAUAUCGACCUUAGUGAAGUUUAUUUCUUGAUAAUGCAUUUUCUUUCUGGAGGCCCAUGUCAUAGGACCUAUGGACAAUUUUGGAAUGAACUUUUGGAGCAUCAGCUUCUACCUAGAAGAUAUCAUGCUUGGUAUUCUAGGAAAGGUAUACACAGUGGGGAUGAAGAUGAUAAUGGCAUGUCCUUCCCCCUGAGCUACAAUAAAUUGGUAGAAAGGUAUCCUCAUAUUGAUAAGGAUCACUUGGUAAAGCUUUUGAAGCAGCUGUUACUGACUAGUGUUCCAUCCCCCCAAGGCACAUUAGGAGGAAAUGCUCCCAGGGCUGGUGAUGUUCCUACACUUUUGGGAACUGGUUCCUUUUCACUUUUGGGAUCUGAUAGGACCAGAGAAGAUCAGAAACCUGUUCGACUGCCAAGUUACUUGCGUUGGCCUCAUAUACAGGCUGGCCAGUUGCAUGGUUUGAGCUUGAGGGAGAUCGGAGGUGGUUUUACUAAACACCAUCGUGCUCCAUCUAUUCGUGCAGCAUGUUAUGCUAUUGUAAAGCCAGCAACUAUGCUUCAAAAAAUGCAGAUAAUCAAGAGACUAAGGGGGCAUCAGAAUGCUGUCUAUUGCGCCAUAUUUGAUCGCUCAGGGAGAUAUGUGAUCACUGGCUCUGAUGAUCGCCUUGUCAAGAUUUGGUCCAUGGAAACUGCAUUCUGCUUGGCUAGCUGUCGUGGGCAUGAAUGGCUUAUUUUCUUUCGUAAGGGUGACAUCACUGACUUGGCUGUGAGUUCAAACAAUGCCGUUGUGGCCUCUGCUUCUAAUGACUGCAUCAUCCGAGUAUGGCGUUUGCCUGAUGGGGUGCCAAUUUCUGUCUUGCGGGGACAUACUGGGGCUGUUACUGCCAUUGCUUUCAGUCCUAGGCCAAGUGCUGUUUAUCAACUUUUGUCGUCAUCUGAUGAUGGAACAUGCCGGAUCUGGGACGCAAGGCACUCCCAAUCAAGCCCGCGGAUUUACAUUCCAAAGCCUCCAGAUCCAAUAUCCGGUCUUAAAGCUAAUGGAGGAAAAAACAGCGAGCCUUCUCAGGCAAUGAGUCAACGCAGUCACCAGAUAUUGUGCUGUGCAUACAAUGCUAAUGGAACAGUUUUUGUGACUGGUAGCUCGGAUACUUAUGCUAGGGUUUGGAGCGCCUGUAAGUGGAAUUUAGAGGAGUCUGAACAGCCAAAUCAUGAAAUGGAUGUGUUAUCUGGGCAUGAAAAUGAUGUGAACUAUGUGCAGUUCAGUGGUUGUGCUGUGGCAUCAAGAUCUCUUUCUACCGACUUUAUGAAGGAAGAUAAUGUUCCAAAAUUUAAAAACUCCUGGUUUACUCAUGACAAUAUAGUUACUUGUUCUAGAGAUGGCAGUGCAAUCAUAUGGAUCCCUCGGUCUCGCAAGUCUCAUGGAAAAGUUGGGCGCUGGACCCGAGCAUAUCAUCUCAAAGUCCCCCCGCCACCAAUGCCUCCUCAGCCGCCUCGCGGCGGACCACGCCAAAGAUUACUUCCAACUCCUCGUGGUGUGAACAUGAUUGUCUGGAGUUUGGAUAAUCGUUUUGUGCUCGCUGCUAUCAUGGAUUGCAGGAUAUGCGUGUGGAAUGCUGUUGAUGGCAGCUUAGUUCAUUCUUUAACUGGCCAUACCGAAUCGACAUAUGUCUUGGAUGUUCAUCCUUUUAACCCACGGAUAGCCAUGAGUGCAGGCUAUGAUGGGAAAACCAUUGUUUGGGAUAUAUGGGAGGGCAUACCAAUUCGCAUUUAUGAAACUGGUCGUUUCAAGCUCGUCGAUGGAAAGUUCUCCCCGGAUGGGACAUCCAUUAUUCUUUCAGAUGAAAUUGGCCAAAUCUAUAUCAUAGCAACAGGCCAAGGAGAAUCCCAGAAGGAUGCCAAAUAUGAUCAGUUCUUCCUUGGGGAUUACCGUCCACUCAUCCAAGAUGCGCAUGGAAAUGUACUGGAUCAGGAAACUCAGCUUCCUCCAUACCGAAGGAACAUGCAAGAUCUCCUUUGUGAUAUAAGUAUGAUCCCUUACCCUGAUCCUUAUCAAAGCGCAUAUCAGCAGCGACGGUUGGGUGCUCUUGGUAUUGAGUGGCGUCCUCCUUCUGUAAGAUUAGCAGUUGGCCCUCUUGAUAAUGGGACCCAAGAUUAUGUCAUGCACCUUCCUCAAGCUCUAAUUGAUGGCGACUGGGAUAGGUUGCUUGAGAAUCCUGCUGACUUUGCUGAUGUUAUGGACUGGGAGCCAGAAAUUGAUGUCCAAAGUGACGAUAAUGACUCGGAAUAUAAUGUUACAGAUGAAUACUCUAGUGAAGGAGAACGUGGAAGUUUUGGUACUUGUUCGUCAGAUGUCGCAGAGAGCAGUGAGGGGGAUAGUGAAGAUGAGGGCAGUAGUAAGGAACAACUACGUAGAUCUAAAAGGAAAAAGCAGAAAGCAGAGGCUGAAUUCUUGACUUCUUCAGGAAGGCGUGUGAAAAGAAGAAAUUUGGAUGAAUGUGAUGGCACUGUAUCAAGACCUAAAAGAACUAGGUGCCUAAGAAAUGGAAAAUCGGCAAAGAAGGGCUCAUCUUCUAAGUCAGCACGACCCCGACGACGUGCUGCUAAAAAUGCUCUCAACCUGUUUUCUCAAAUUGGAGGAUCAAGUGAUGGAGAAGAUGAAGAAGAAGAAUUGGGUAGUGAUUCCUUGGAGACAGAGUCACAACCGUUGGAUUCCAAUGGCCCAAGCAAUGAAUCAGGCAAAUCAAUACAAACUAGGAAACAGAAACAUGUUGCGGAAGAAGAAGCAUCCCAAGAUGAGUUUACUGUAAAUGUUACUAAAGCUGCUAAAGCUCUGGAUGCUGAGCCUGAUCCUCAAAACCAUGCAGGAAAUAGGAGGCUUGUGCUCAAGUUGCCACUUCGUGAUCCCAAGAAGGCAGUGCUCAGAAACUCAGUUUCGCAGGCCCAUGAUAAUCACAUUGGUUCAUCUUCUGGAAAUACUCAGGAAAUAAAGAAUCUUAAAUUGGUCUCUUCAAAUUACCAAGAGAGCAAAGCAAAGCAUGUUACCAAUAACGGUAUCUCACCCCAAAACCAUGACGAUAGUAAUGACAGAGAAUGUGAUGCAAGUGAUGGAUCUGAGGAUCAUCCAAAUGUUUCUGUGGGGUACAAAGAAAAUGAUAUCAGAUGGGGAGAGGUCAAGACCCGAUCAUCAAAGCGCUUGAGGCUUGGGGAAGCCUCUGUGAUAGAUACUUGGGCCCCAACAAUUGGGAGGACUGAAGAACACCAUGUUAACAUUGAGAAUAAUGCCAAUGGGCACUCAAGAUCAGUGGCUGCUGAUGUUGGCUUGUCUGAUGAAGACCAAAUUCCUGGGACUUCGGGAAGGGACUCUUAUAAUAAUGAGAACAUAGAAAAAAGAGGUACAUCACUCAUAACUUGUAAUGGGAAGAAACCUGAGCUAGUAUGGAGAAUAAACAAGAAAUACUUGGGCAGACCUGAUGAUUUGGGUCACAGGGGUCCGCUGGAAUCAUUGGGUACUCAUGACUCAGAAACUGGCGAUGCAAGUGAAGCCCAUAAUGACUAUAUUAAUAGUACUGAUCAUUGCGCUGAACUCGAUGAGAAGAAGCCUAUUGCCAUUGGUAAGAUAAAGUUUAGAUCGAGAAGAAGAUCAAGGGACCCACCAAGUUCCUCUUUCAAGCAAAAGUCCAUAGCCAUACUUGAAGAUUGGCAGGGUUCUGAUGGUGAUGUACCUUUUGAGAGUCCCAUUGAGAGGGAUGAUGUUCAUUUUUCAAGAGAGAUGAUGACUAGUGCCCAUGAAGAAUUUAGCAAUGGGUCGGGGAACUCGGAUGACCAAAAUGAUAGGACUUUAAGGAUUGCCCAUUCACGUGACCAAACAAGAUCAUAUUCAGAAGCAAACAAUAGGAUGUAUAAUACCGUAUAUAAGAGGUCCAAGUCAUUUAGGACAAAAACAGAUUCUGAUUAUGACAACUUGGGCAUGGAAGAGAAUACUUCAACUGCUGAUAACAAUUAUUCUGUCGAUCUAAAAGAUGUUUCUUCUGUCCUAACUGAUGGUGUUCGGAGGACUAGAUCCAUGGGGAUGAGGGGUUCAGGUAACAUGUCAUCAGGUGUAGAUCCUAUGAUGAAUGACUUCAAGAAAAGGAUGGGGCAUUCCAAUGCUGAGUCAUCAAGAAGUGCCGAGAGAUCCAACCUUGAGACACAUGAGCAACUGGGAUGGAAGUCAGUUUCCAAGGUGACAGUUGGAACACGAUCAGCUAGAAGCAAACGAGAGAUAUUCUCUGAAUCUGAUUCAAGAUUUGUAGAUAAGAAAAAGACACAGCAUUCAGUACGGAAACUAUCAUGGUUGAUGAUCUCUGAACCUGAGGAGGGUUAUAGGUAUAUUCCACAACAAGGUGAUGAAGUAGCUUAUUUGAGACAGGGCCAUCAGGAGUUCUUAGAACUAAGCCAUUUGCAUGAAGCAGGCCCUUGGAAGUCAAUAAAAGGAAUUGGAUCUGUAGAAUUUUGCAGAAUUGAAAAUUUAGAUUAUUCAACUCUUCCUGGAUCAGGCGAGAGCUGUUGCAAGCUCACCCUUGAAUUCAUAGACUCAACAUCCAUCAUAUGUGGCAAAAGAUUCAAGAUGACCUUACCUGAAUUGACAGAUUUUCCUGAUUUCCUUGUUGAAAGAGCACGAUAUGAUGCGGCCAUGAAGAGAAAUUGGACACAUAGGGAUAAAUGUCAGGUUUGGUGGAGGAGUGAGAAUGGAGAAGGUGGGAGUUGGUGGGAGGGAAGGGUUUUGUUAUUGAAACCAAAAUCAGCUGAGUUUCCUGAUAGCCCAUGGGAAAAGUGUGUUGUUCUAUAUAGAGGGGAUUCAUCUGGUCAACAUCAACAUAGCCCAUGGGAACUUCAUGACCCUGAUAGCCCCAGAUGGGAGCAACCAUGUAUUGACCCAAAAAUUACAAAGAAGCUGCUGUCCUCUUUUGACAAGAUUGAGAAUGUCUCAAUGGACAAAAAGGACCCUUAUGGAGUUCAGAAAUUGAAGCAAAUCUCACAGAAAUCUGAUUUUCUCAACAGAUUUCCAGUGCCUUUGUCUUUCGACACGGUAAAGAGACGACUGGAGAAGGAUUACUACCGCAGUUUGGAGGCUGUCAAACAUGACUUUGACGUGAUGAUGUCAAAUGCGGAGUCUUACUUUGCAAAAAGUGCUGAAAUGGGUGGAAAGCUAAGGCGCCUCUCUGACUGGUUUACACGUUCACUCCUGUUGUAGUUUUUACCGAACAGUUUUGUAGGUUGGUACCUAUAAAUUGUAGAUAUAAUUUCUGUCCUUGUUUAUUUUGGUCUGUUCUUUUUGGGGCCUUUUGUUAUGUUCUUUCAUCUAAUUUUUGCUAUCUUCAAAAGAUCGGUGCAGCCCCUCUCAAUGGAGGGAUUUUUCAGAGCUGGUUGUCACCAGAAUUUAUUGAUGUACAGACCAACUUCCAUCAAUAAAGAUCGGAGAUUUUUGGUGCC